UUUCUUACUUUUAGAACACAUUUUUUUAUGAAGUUAAUUCAUUAUAAUUAUUGUUUCUGUCAGUUUUUAUAUGAUUAAUGUUUGUAUUCUAUGGUAUCAUACGUGAUACGGCGCUAUAAAUAUAUAUAUAUAUAGUGUUAUAAAAUGAAGUCAUUCCUCAAUUCUAAUGUCUUGUUGUAAUGGAUAAACAUUCGGAAACUACGAACAAAGUUACUAUGUCGAAGAAGAGUCCUUUUGAAGAUUUAAAUAAAGAUGAGCUAAUUCAAAAAUGUAAAGGAUUCCUUGCAAUAGCUCAAAAAGCCAAGCAGGCAAAAUCUGAUUUACAAGAAGAAAUAGAAAAUUAUAAAACAGAGCUUAAUAAGUGUCAGUCAGAGAAAAAAUCUAAUUUGGAAAAUUUACAAACAUUACAAGAACUUGUAGAUUCUCUCACUGAACAGAAGCUUAAUUAUAUAACUGAAGUAGAUUCAGCUCAUUGUCAAAUAAAAUCACUCAACGAAAAAUGUUCGAAAUUUGAAGAAGAAAUAAAUCAGUAUAAAGCAGAUCUGAUUGUAAGGAACAAGCAUGUAGCAGAUACCACACAAAAAUUGUCUGAUCUAGAUAAUGAAAUUGUUUCUCUUAAAAGGCAAAAUAAACGACUGUUGGAUGAAAAUGAGCAAUUUAUUAACCAGCUUACUGAUUUAGAAUCACAGGCUACUGAGUUUAAUCAUAUUGGUUUACAGCAAAGAGAACAACUGAAAAUAUUAGAAGGAAAAGUCCAAACAGAUGAUUCCUAUAAAAAAGAAAUACAAGUACUAAAUAAUGAAAUCUUGGAAUUGAAGAAUAAACUUGAAUUAAAGAAUGAUGGCUCAGAAAAUAAAAAAAUGGACUAUGAAAAUAAAUUUAAAGAACUUACACAGUUAUAUGAGUCUGAAAGAAAUAAAAAAGAGAAAGCAAAUAUUAAACUGAGAAGUUAUAAGGAUAAAAUACUAAAAUGUGCAGCAUGUAUUAGUCAACUCAAAAAUUCCCGAUUUAUUUUAUCAAAAACAGUAAAAGAAUAUUCAGAGAGUAUUCCGAAAUGGCAAAAUGAUAUAAUGAAGGCAUCAAAAAUUUUAGAUGAGCAAAUAAAUGAAUUAAAUAAUGAAAAUGCGUCACUGAAAGAGAAACUCCAGUUGGUGGAAAAAAGACUCUCAGAAGAGCUAAUGUCUAAAAAACCAGAUAAUACUGAACUACAAAAUAAAAUAACUGAAUUACAGCAACAUUUAAAUGAUACUUUAAAGAUUAAAAAUAGUCUAGAAGAAGAAUUAGAGAAAUUGAAACUUGAUUAUAAGAAAUUGAAUGAAUUUGAAAUAACACAAUAUUCAAAUGAUAAGAAAGACUUGAAAGAUCAGUUGAAUGAAAGUACUCAAAAAGUUCAAUGUAUGAUACAAACAAAUAGUGAACUUCAACUCUUAGUUGAAAACCUCAAAUCUGAAUUAUCUGCUACAAAAGAAAAUCUUGAUGAGUGCUCGAAAAGUAAAUUAAUAUUAAAUGAGGAUUUAGUAAAAAUUAAGUCAAAGUAUCGGGAUUUACAUGACACUCAAUUACCAACUCAUGUAAAUGAAAUUGAAAGUUUAAAACAUCUUUUACGUGAUGUGAGAAAACGCUUUGAAGAUACUUCUAAAGAAAAUGUUGAACUUCAUAUUUUAGUGGAUAAUCUAAAAUCUGAAAAUCAAAACUUAAUUUCCUCAAAACAAAUUCAAAUUAAAGAUGAUAGUACAGUAGAAAGCAUGAUUUUACAGCUAAAAGCUUUAGAAAGUGAAAAGGCAAUAUUAGUUAAAGAAAAACUUUGUGCUAGGGACAAUGUCUUAGAAUUAGAAAAUAAAAAUAAAGCCCUGACUAGUCAGUUAGAUUCAAUGAAUUCAGAUAUUUUGAAAAUGAAAUCUGAAGUUGAGACAUUGUCACAGGAGAAACUUAUGAUUGCAAAUAACAGUAAAAUUGAAAAAGAGAGUGAAGUUAAUAACUUAAAAUGUAAAAUGAAUUUAUUGCAAGAGCAAUAUGAUAUACUUAAAAAAGAACAUGAAGAGUUACAAGAUUUGAAUGGGCUUUUAAAAGAAGAAGUGGAAACUCUGAAGCUGUCCUUAGAACAACCUAAAGAAGAUGGUGAUAACUUAACAGAUUUGAAUGUUUCUUUACAAGCGGAUAUUGUAAAAUUAGAAACAAAGUUAGCUGCUUAUAAACAGGAAAAUACGUCACUUUUAUCAGAACUUAAGGAAUCAAGAGUAAAAGUCAAAGACUUUGAUAAUUUACUUACUGAAUAUGUUGAUGCUAAAUCUAAAUUGUCAGGUUAUAAAACUGAAAAUACAGAAUUAUUAAAUGAAAUGAAAGAAAUUAAUCAAGUGCUGAAAGAACGUGGAGAGACUAUAUCAAAACUUCAAAAAGCUAUUGCUGAGAUGGAAAGACUAAUAGAAACAUUAGAAAAAGAUAGAGAUAAUGUGAAACAAGAAAAGGAUGAUUUGAGCACAAGUAUUGGAAAUCUGCAGGAAGCCUUAAAGAAUGCUGAGUUAAAUACUGACACAAAUAUAGCAAUGAUAGAGCAAGUCUGUAAUGAGAGAGAUAAUGCUAAGAAGUUAUUAUUGGAAAAAGAAGCACUUAUAACGUCAUUAAAAGAAGAUAUAGAUAAAUUUAAACAACAGCAGUCAUCUUCUGCAGAUUUGCCCCACGAUGAUAUGUCUACAUCCACAAUAUCGAGAGCUGAGGACCAUUCACGAAUGAAAGAUUUAGAUGAAACAUUUGAAGACAAAUACACAAAAUUAAGGAUAUUUGCAUUAAAACUUAAAAAGAAAUUGAAUGAAACAACAGCACAGUUACAACAGACUGAACAGGAUAAAGUAAGAAUAGAAAAAUUGCUUCAUGAGACUAAUUCCAAAGAUACUAAAUCUAUAUCUGCAAUGGGCAUUGAUGUAGUUGACAAUAGCUGUAAAAAAGUAGAAGAUGACAUAUUAAACCUUCAAUGUAAAGUGAAGACUUUAACAGUUGAAUCACAAGAAACGAAUGCUGAAUUGGAGAAAUUGAAAGUUGAAUUAGAUAAUAAGUGUAAGCUAUUGUUAGUUGAGAUUGAGUCUCAUAAAGUCACUAAGGAUAACUUGGAGAAGGCUCGACGCGAUGCAAAAAAGAAGAAUGUAUUAAGUCUUGAGAUGGAGGACUAUGAGAGAUCUAUGAAAGAACUUACAGCUAAAAUGGAUGAAAAGAAAAAAAAAAUGGUUCAGAUGGAGUCCACAAUAGACACACAGGAAGGAACUAUCACCUCAAUGAAGACUCAAAUAAAGUUAUUGGAAGAACAGAUAAAAACAGAAGAAACACAAAAUAGACUUAUAAGAGAGGAGCUACAACAUGCGAUUGAUGAAGGGAGAGAAAAAGAUAAUAUAAUUCAAGUGAAAAAUGGCAUAAUUUCAAAACUAGAACUAGAUCUUGAAGAUGAAAAAAGAAAGAAUGAAGAAUCCGAUUUAGAAAUGACAUCAUUGAUCAGUGAAAAGGAAAAGAUUAUUAUGAAUUUGAGUGAAGAUAAAGCGGACUUGAAUAACAAAGUCAAGAUGCUAGAGUUCAAGUGUGGAGAAAUACAGGAAAAAUAUAAAAUUACAAAUAUUGAAUUGGCAGAUUUGAAAACAGAGUACACUAGUUACAAGGUGAGAGCCAAGUCUGUGCUGCGCCAAAAUCAAACUGUAGACCACAGUCAAGAGGAACAGUUAAAAGAGGAGACUGCAGCUCUAAAGACUCAGCUAGAAACCGUAACUGCCAAAUUGACAACUGCCUUAGAGCAAUGCGCGACGGAGCGCGCGGCGGCAGAAGCGUCUUCUCGGCGCGCGUCGGAGGCGGCGGCGGAGGCCGCGCGUACGAAUCAGCGUUCCGCGCGCCUGCACGCGGACCUUACGCGUCUCGGACACCAGCUCGACGCCGAACGCGACCACCACAAGCUGCAGACGUCUACACUCACCCAAUGCUACAAAACUCAAAUUAACGAACUGGAAGCUAAAUUUGAAAGAGAUACGGAAGCGCUGAGAAAACAAUUGCUCAUCGCCGAAGAGAGCACUAAGACUAGCCAAGUGGGUACAUCUAAAGAGAAUCAAGAUCAAUACUUACUGCCAGUUAUACCAAAAGAAGAGACCAGUGACGGGGAAAUGGAUAUUAAUGUCUCCAUGAUACCAAGGGAAGAAGGCGAGGGUUCAGAGUCAGCGCCGUCCCCUCCGCCGUCGAAGGCGUACCUUGGCGCCGGCAGUGGACGGUCACCGGUGCCGCUGGAGAGGUUGUUAGAGGAAGGCGUACCAGACGAUGAAGCCCUCGACUCUGCCUCGCUGGCACUCACGUCUGAUCAAGAAAUUGUCGACUUGAGACGUCGGCUCCAAGCUCAACAGCAAAGGGUAAAGCACGUGACCAUGUUGCUGUCGGAAUCGGAGCGUGAAUGCGCCCGGCUGUCGCAGCUGAGUGAUCUGCUUAAGAGCGAACUGCGGCGCGUGCGUUCGUCACCGCACCAACACAACACUGAAUAUAUGAAGAACGUCACCCUCAAGUUCCUGACGUUGGCGCCUGGUGACGAACGCAGCCGCCUAGUGCCCGUUCUGCAGAAAAUUCUAACGCUCACACCUGAUGAGACUCAGAAGAUACAAUCUAUUGCUAAAGGUCAAGAUCCAAAUUCAAAAGGUUGGGGAAGCUACCUCCCAUGGCCAGGAGGGAAAUAAAGUAUAAGCCGUAAGUAUUGCGUAUUGUCAAAUACAAAUCAUCGACUGUGAUCCAUGUUGACAUAAUUAUGUUACACUGUUAGAGCAUUUCUGUUAUAUAUUGAAUUUAUAUUCUGUAAUCAUAAAUUUUAAUAUAAAAAUGUUAAUGAGAAAUACAAAUGUAUUUUAAUAGUAAUUAAUAGGUAGUUUUCAACAAAAUUUUGUUGAAAACUCGGCAGAUGAUUUUGUACAUGAAAUGGUAACUGCACAAGUCACUUGGUUACAAAAUUCAAAUUAUGUGCCGAUAUCUGUAGGUCUUGUAUUAUUAUUUGUUAUAAGAAUAUUUUUUCCAUUUGUAUAAAUUUUAUGCACACGUCUGUCUAGUUAACACUAUAGUUUUAAAGCUGCACUUUUAUGUACCAGGAUUUUUAAUAUAGUUCUUUUAAAAAGUUAAUUAAUUAAGAUUUUAAUAUUUUAUUUAAUGUAGCUGUUUGGGAAUAUGGUAGAUUUGUUGUAAUUGUUGUACUGAUAGAUACACGAAUAGAACAAUAUGUAGAAAACAAAUUUAUAGUAGAAAAUGCUGUGAGGGUCUUAUUUAGGAUUACAUCCUAUAAGUGUAGUGAUUCAACAUUUAACAGUAUAACUGCAAAAAAAUAAUAUGACCUAUUACUGUAUUUUUUAAUAAAUGUAUAUAGUGAAUAGCGUAGUAUAUAUUAUCAAGAAAAUAUAUUUUGUUACUCAUUUCAAUUGAUUUAUAUCAACGGAAAUUAUAUCAGUAUCUAGAUAGCGACUUUGGUUCCUUGAAUAAUAUCAAUCCCAUAUACAAUUUUAAUGUUAUCUGGUUCUAUACUGUAUACCUACCAGUGAAAGUGACAAGUCAAAACAGCACUUGUACCAUAAUCCAUAAUUAAUUCACUAUUUUCGAUUGUGAAACUGAGCGCAUAAAUUAAUUAAUAGGGCAACUAGAACAACUUCGGCAGUAUACAUUUCUUUUCAGCUACAAGGUUUAUUAUAAUCAUAGAGUAAUUAAGAAAAUAAAUCAUAUCCUUUUGGCUUAUAUAAAAUAAUUAUGUCGUACAUUUCACAAUGAAAAUAUUAGGGAUUCUAGUAUAAUCGUUUCUCUGUGAACUAUAGCAUUUUGUCCAAGACAAGUAUAAAACUGAUUGGUGUAUUAAAGAUGUCGCAAGAUUUAUAUUACGUACUUUAAGUAAAUAAUAGGUAGCCGUUUAAAUGACUAAGUAAAAAAUAUGCAUACUAUUAUAAUUAUGUUUAGUUAAUUUGCAACAGAUUAUUAAAUUAUUAAUAAACUACAUGAUUAAUGUAAAUGAGGUGAUAUAAAUAUAAUAAAUAAUU